AGAAAAUGGAAGCUGUUGCAAUAUGGCGGAAUGGGAGGAAUUUAUUCCGUUGGAGGAACUUUCAACCUGGUGUAUCUGAGAAAGAAAGAGAUUUUCCGAUCCUUGAAGAUUCGCCGUCUUAAAGGGAAGUGAUAUAACUGAGAUAAUGCACGAUGGAGAAAAAUAUAAAUGAGCUCAAGUAAACUGUGAAAGUAUGAGGAGGCUAGUGUGUUUUGACAAGCCAGGGCUGUACAAAAUUGAGAUUAUUAAGAAAUAUUAAGAUCCAAGUCUCUCACGGUUGUAUUUUUCAUACAAUAAUUUACAUGUUCCUUUAAACAAAUUCGUAACAAUUAAUGGAUUAAAAAAGGAAAUUAAAUGUUUUCAAAAAGUACUGUUGCACUGCCCCAUGAGAAAGGUACAAUAGGACAUGUAUCACUUUUAUUGUUAAAGAUUUAUAAAAAUCGUAUUAAAGAAGAAAGUACAAAGGAUGGAUUUCUAAGCAUUAGCCUAAGGUUAUCAAAAAAUAUUUAAGUUGAAUUAGUAUCAUGAUACUAUUACUAUAGGUUAAGGUGAACAUAAUGACUACGCCCAAGCUGAUUUGCCUUGUAUGUGAGUUAAAUCUGGAAGAUACCAGCUGUACAAAUGUCUUCUAUACGUCUAUGCCACGAAAUGGAGAAUUAUUAGCAAGUUUUGUGCAGCGUGUUUUGCAGUCCACUGAGUCUGGUCUACGUAGCUCAUAUGUCUGUUCAAGAUGCCAUCAUCUAUUCCAGAUGCUGGAACAAGCACAAUGGACUGUCGCAAAUAUCCGCUGUGAAAUACUCAAAGUGUAUAAUUCUGACAGUGAGAAGAAACUUCAAAGUAAUUCUUCGUGUGAAGAAAUCGUCACCCAAGAUAAAAUCUUUCUGGAGAGUUUGGUGGAAGAUAAAUUAGACAUUAAUGCAACAUUACAUAGUGAACCGAAUGUAUCAGAUCUCAGCACAUUUACUCAGGAACCCCAGCAAACUUCAGAACAACAUGUAGCUAUUGUAGAUGAUCAAUUGAUAAAAGAAAGCGAAGAGACUUUUGCAAGAGUCAUCAAUGAAUCUUCAUUGCAAAAACAUUUACAAGACACAUUAAUUCUAACACAUGAAAUACAGAAUAGUAAUUCUGAUAAACUAAAGAGACUGAAUACUGAUAAUAAUAAGAAGUCCAUUGAGAAAGAGUUUCUGAAUAACAAUCAUACAAAUUCUUUUGAUUCGAAAGAAGAUGACUUUCACACGUUUAAGGAAUCGUCGAAUCUAUUAAUUGAUAAAAAAUCUAUUUUAAGUCGUCAUGAGAAAAUGGCUCUUUAUAACAAACAGUGUAGAACUUGUAGUAGAUUAUUUAAAUCAGCCACCGAUCUCAAGAUUCAUAUAAUAAAACACGGUGGUUCUCGUCCAUAUUAUUGUGAAAAGUGUAGGGAGCGCUUUGAAAGCAUCUCCUUGGCAAAUAUUCAUGCCAUGGACAUCCAUGUAAACGAGAAGGAUAUUAUCGUGAUCGCGACAGAACCAUGCCAAGGAGAAACAAUAGAUUUUACUCAGGACGAUUGUAUCUUCCCUGAAGAAGUGUUACGCAUGUCAGAAAUGGAGGAACAAGAUGACUUUGAGUGGAAGGAAUCUAGCGAAUCUUUAACAGAAGUCAAAGAAAAUGCAGAGAGUCUAAAACGUAAUGAUAGUACUCUCGACCAGGAGUCUGCUAAACAGAGGUCUGAAUAUCGCAAAGCAUCUCGGAAGUCUGGCAGGAUUUCUAAAUACAGUUUAAAACCUUUAAAUCAUCUGUGUCCUACCUGUGGAAAAAAAUGGAGAACCUCAGCUGAGUUAAAAACUCAUAUGAAAUCCCACUCUAGCCUAAGGCCAUACAUGUGUGAAAAAUGUGGUCAAGCGUAUAAACACCGUCACGCACUUGAAAUCCACGUGGGGAUGCAUAACGGUAUCAAUCCUUUUCAGUGUAGCUUCUGUAACAAGUGUUUCACUCAGAAGGGCGCCCUGAUGAGACACUUACCAAUUCAUACUGGAGAAACACCAUACCAGUGUGAAUUAUGUGGGAAAAGAUUUGUGCAUCACACGUCAUACAACAUGCAUGCUUUAUCACAUACUGGACAAAAAUCGUAUAGAUGUCACGUUUGUGAUCUUUCCUUACUAUCCACAUCACAUCUGAAACGUCAUAUGCGAGUUCACACCGGUGAAAAACCAUACAGUUGUUCUUUAUGCGGAAAACGUUUUGCGGAACGGUACAAUCUAUUCGCUCAUCAGAAGAUACACGACCCUGCAGAGAUAACAGCCAAGGAGGCUAAAAAGAUGCAGUAUAAGUGUGAAUUGUGUUCAGCACAAUUUGACAAAAGGCAAAAGCUUCAAGAUCAUGCGAAGCUACAUACGAAGAGUGACAGUGACGUCGAGCGGAUUGAUACCCACAAGAUACUGGAGCUGACGAGAUUUUAUACGGGUCAGAAUCAGGAAUCCAUGAAGGAAGGAGGAGACUGGUCUCAGGAUUGUUACUCAAAGGCAGAAAGGAUCCCUGUUCUUGCCAAGGUAAAUCAAAAUCACGUUCCUUUAACUCAAAUCGGUACUAAUUCAUAUAAUCUAGCGGUUGACAAUCAUAGAACCUUGUUGGGUAUUGAAUAUGAUAGGAAUUUGUUAGAAAAUAUCUCCACCGCGAAUCAAGUUCCUACGGGGAGCACAGAAAUUUGAUACAAACUUUUUUGCCAUAAUAUUAUAGCAAAGAAAAAGGAUUAAAAGUGAAUACACGUUUAACUUAUUGCCGAACUCUUUCGGUUCAGUUAUUUUUGAUGUGGUUAUUCAUACGAGACAUGUCUUGAGCGUGGAUAUUUGGACAUUCGAACGACUUUUGUCUCGAAAAUUUGUGUGACUGGUUCAUGUAAAAAAGGGAGAAGAUAGAACGCGAUAAGGGGAUAUAAGAUGUUUUAUUUCACGCAUAUUUUUGUAAAAUUUUCUCUCAAAUUUUGCGUGAAACUUAAAAGAAAAUCUUACAUCUCUUCGAUCGUGUUCAAUCCCCCGCCUUUUUUCUGAAUCACACAUUCAACCACGAAGCUCGUCAACGUGUUUAGAAUGCUUGAGAUACGUUUAAUGUGAAUAGCCAAGAUAUUAUUUUAAAUAUAAAUAAAAUGUUCCUCAGGUUAUAGUUAUAAGUACGUUAAGUAAUCACGAUUUUUCACGAAAAUUUGUUUAAAUCUUUGAAAACUGAUUAAAAAUAAAGGUAUGAAUUUAAUUCA